AUGAAGGUCGCCGUCUUCAGCACAAAGCCCUACGACAAAAAGUACCUGUCGGCCGUCGUCGCCUGCGACAAGCACGCGUCGUCGGGCAUCGAGCUCGUCUUCCACGAGUUCGCCCUCAACGAGGACACGGUGUCGCUGGUCGAGGGCGCCGACGCCAUCUGCGUCUUUGUCAACGACGUGGUCAACGACAAUGUCAUCUCUGCUCUGUCCGAGUUUGGCGUCAAGGCCAUCCUCCUCAGGUGCGCCGGCUUCAACAAUGUCGAUCUUGACGCCGCCCAGCGCAUGCGCAUCAUGGUCGCCAACGUGCCCUCGUACUCGCCCGAGGCUGUUGCCGAGUUUGCUGUCGCCCUGAUCCAGACCCUCAACCGCAAGACGCACCGCGCCUACAACCGUGUCCGCGAGGGCAACUUUGCUCUCGACGGUCUUCUCGGUAAGACGCUGUGCGGUAAGACGGUCGGCAUCGUCGGUGUCGGCAAGAUUGGUCUUGCUACCGCCCGCAUCAUGAAGGGCUUUGGCUGCACCCUCCUCGCCUAUGAUCCCUUCCCAUCUCCCGCCUUUGAGGAGUAUGGCGAGUACCGCGACCUCGAGGACCUUCUCCCCGAGUGCGACAUUGUCAGCCUCCACUGUCCCCUCAUGGACCAGACACGCCACAUCAUCAACGCUGAGAGCCUUGCGCUCAUGAAGGAGGGCGCCAUGCUGGUCAACACGUCGCGAGGAGGCCUCAUCGAUACCGAGGCCGUCAUCCAGUCGCUCAAGACCAACCACAUCGGAGGCCUCGCACUCGACGUGUACGAGGCCGAGGGUGAGCUCUUUUACAACGACCACUCGUCGCACAUCAUCCAGGACGACAAGCUGAUGCGUCUCAUGACGUUCCCCAACGUGGUCGUCUGCGGCCACCAGGCCUUCUUCACCGAGGAGGCCCUCACCGAGAUUGCCGAGUGCACCAUCAACAACCUUGAGGACUGGAUCACCCACAAGACGAGCAAGAACUCGCUGACCAAGGACCUCAAGAUGCGCCGCCGCGAUUCGCUGCCCGUGCGAGCCAUCUAG